ACUCGGUCUUGAGACAUGAUGGCCCUGGAAAACUAUUUUCUAUUCCCCUACCACUUCUCCUUGGAUUGGGAUCCACACACCUUUGCGGUUGGAGAUCUCCAUGAGCAACUCAUGCCUUCGGCUGUGGAGUCGCCGGUGUCAUCGCAGGCCUCGACCGGUUACUUGCAGGACGCGGUGGCAAAGUGGAAGGAUCCGAGCAAACAGAGACGCCUGGCUUUCCUGCCUGUUCAUGAUCCGUCACCGACGACGAUGACGACGACGAACAAGGCAAAAGAGCUCCAAGAUCUUCUUCAACGAGGUUUUCGGGAUACAGAUUGUCAUGGACAUCCCUUGCGUGAUUUGAACUGCAUGCUGCAAGAUAAUGCAGUAAAUCCAGUUCAAUCCCCUUCGAACGCGCUGCGGAAGCCCAAAACUCAGGUCGCUGCGCUGCAACUACUCCCAGUACAAGAGCCACUCGCCUCUUCCUCGUCCUAUGAAGAGCCACAGCACAUCAGAGAAGGAAACGGAAAGAAGCCUUGCCUCGUUGCCUCCAAAGUAAAAGAACGUGCUUUCCAAGAUUGCGAGAGGAGGCGAUUCAAGAAGACCAAGGGCAAGACCGACGUGGUGUACCCCUUCGCCGUGGUGAAGCCCGGGGGCGAAGAGGGAGACGUGACGCUGGACGACAUCAACGCAAGGAUUCUGAUGCGCCCGAGGCGACCGGUCCGCCACCCGGUGGGGGAGUACGCCGACGGCGCCUGUGUUACGCCGGUCGGGCGGGGCCUCUCAGGCAAGGCGGUGGUAAGCCUCACGAGGAUCCAAACACAAGGGAGGGGCACAAUAACGAUCGUAAGGACAAGAGGAUGAAGUCACUGCGGCCACUUGUGUCAUGUGUACAUGAAGGUUAACUGGUCUCGAACAUGUAGUACAAGCACUGCUGCCCUAAUUUAAGGCUCGCAUCUUCACGUCUCAUGCUCUGUUUCCUGGCUUAACAUAUCCUGUAUCUAUUGUAUGGUUAGUAGAUAUAACAUGUCAAGAGACCCAAAGUCGA